AUGAAACUGAUGAUUUUUCUCUCCAUAGCUCAGGACUUGAAUCUCAAGCCACCUCCUGUUCCUGAGGGGGAGUUCUGUUCAUUGAAUUGCCUUCAUGACUUGCACUUCUUUGCUUUAGAUAUAAUCUCUUUUUAUUUUUUAUUUUUGGAUGCUGAAUUGGUUUCCAUCUCCAUUGUGUUCCAGGCAAAUCCAUCUGAUCCCAAGACAUUUCCUUUUAUAUUAUUGGGAAACAAAAUUGAUAUAGAUGGUGGAAAUAGCCGAGUGGUUUCUAAGAAAAAAGCAGAGGACUGGUGUGCUUCGAAAGGAAACAUUCCUUACUUUGAAACAUCAGCAAAGGAGGAUUACAAUGUUGAUGCUGCAUUCCUUUGUAUUGCCAAAACUGCCCUAGCCAAUGAGCAUGAACAAGACAUCUAUUUCCAGGGCAUCCCUGAGGCAGUUUCUGAAACUGAGCAAGGAGGCGGUUGUGCAUGCUGAACUUGAAUAUGGAAUGAUGCAGACUCGGUCCCACCUGAUUGUUCCCUAUUUCUUCAAUUUGUCUUUUUUUUUUUUUUUCGUUUUUUCAUUUGUUGUGAUUUAUAGUCAUUUUUUGCCUUUGAAAUGUUUGAGCUGUUGUCUUGUGUUGCCACUUUAGAAGAAAGCAGUCUUUAUUUUGCUGAACAUGAGCUUUAGUACUUAAAAUUGUAGAGUAGAAAGCCCCAUUGGAUUCAUUCACCAGGAAUCAUUUUCAUCUGUGGUUCGGAAUUGAGAUCCAUUUUUAGUAGGAAAAAUCAUUGCUUUUAAGCUUAAUAUGUAUUUUCUGUACGGUUUAUUUAACUUGUGGAGUUUUAGUUGGAUCGAAUUACAUGUAAUCGAACUCCUAUUCUUUGA